UUCACUCAUCUCACUCUUUGCCAGAAUGUCCUCACUCUCGUGCCUGACUCUCCAACACUUAUUCCCGGACUGCUUACUUGGUUUCAACCUGUCUUGCUUUCGACCUUUGCUUCUCGUCUCUACCCCGGUAAAUCCAUCAGCCUUCUGGCCCCGACUACGAAUAUCGCCUCCUUUCCUCGUCCGCCUGUGGCUGGUUGGUACUCAGUCGGUUCCUGCUCAGCUUCACCUCGCCAGCUCGCCUCCUCUGGUGCCGUCAGCUCCAUCGACUCCGUCUCAAGGUCCGGAUCCAAACUCAACCCUCAUCUGAACCACUUCCCAGAAAAGCUUCCCUCAGCAGGGGAGGGGCUGAGGAGGACGCCUCCAUGGCAACAGAGCAACAAAGCAUCAAAAGAGAGAGAGAGUUGUGGGGUGAAAAGAAGAAGAAAAAGAAGAAUAAGGAAGAGAAGAGGAAGUUGUGAGAAUAAAGUGGAUCUGCAGCAGCAGGUGAGGACGAAACACAGCUGGUUACAUUUCCCAUGAUGCACAGUUACUCUUUAGUGUUCAGUUGAAUGAUCAUGUGAUUAAAUAGGCAUGUGUCAUGUCUUUCCCAUUUUCAUAUUUUCAGGUUGUUUUUCUGAAGUGAGGGAAGCUGUGUACUUAUAACGUCCUGUACUGACUUUAUAACUGUACUGACUUUUUGUCAGCUAUACAACCAUCAACCAUCUAUCCGUCUUCUACACCUGCUUUAUCCAUCAGGUCAUGGGCAACCUAUUCCAGCUGACUAUGAGCGAAAGGUGGACUGGUCCACAACUGGUCGCUGGCAAAGACAGAUGGUUGUCUGCCACGCACACACACACACACACACACACACACACAGACAUUCACACCUCGGGGCAAAGUAGAGCAGCCAGUUAACCUAAUGUGCAUGUUUUUGGUAUUGUGGGAGGAAUCCGGAGAAAACCCAUGCAGGCCGAGGGAGAACAUGCAAACUCCACACAGACUGGGAUUUGAACCUGGAACCCUCUGGCUGGGAGACUGGCUGGUGCUGAAUGAUCAAUUCAGGCUCUCUCAAUAAAUCUGUUGCUAGUCAAGUCAAGCUAACUGUUUUUUCACUGUCAUUUCUGCUCUAUACUGCAGUACACUGAACAGUGAAACGAGACAGCAUUCCUUUAGGGACCAAGUGCUACGGUGCUAAAGAAGAUCCACCUGAAGGUUCCUGAUACUUUCAUGUGGUAGAUUUUGGUUUCAUCUAGACAAUUGACUCAAAAACUGUCCUUUAAAGUGUUUUUAUUUUUUAGCAGAAUUUCAGCUGACUUUUUUCACUAACUUCUUUUCUCUUAAGUAACUAUGACGUGUUUCUGCUGUGUCCAAGAAGAGUUUUAUGUAGAUAUCCUCCUAUUGGAUGAGAAAAAUCACACUAACAGCCGAGAGAGGCAUCAAGUACUGGCUGGAUCCUUCAAAAACUCUGUCACAACAUUGAGACCUCAGCAUCAGUUUUACCUGCAGGUUCGUCAGGACAUCCGUCGAUGCUGGCCCCCCCAUACCUCAAACCUCAAAUCUCUGCUCUGAUGCUGCAUGGUGAAGAAACCCUUUAAUGUGAAUCAUGUGCAAUAUUAAUAGGCAACAAUAACGCUAUAAGCUGUUGAGAUAAAAUGUACAUGUUCUUUAUACUCUUAAAGAACAAAUUUUCUGUUUUUACAUAACAUUAGAAAACAUGGUGUUAGUCCAUUAUUUGUAAGAUGAAAUGUAAAGUUUAUAUCACAAACAAUUUAUAAUUUAAACAUUUAAAACAAUAUUACCAAUAUUAAAAAUAUCUUGAAUUUAAACUAAAUUAAACUAGCACUGAAAAUGUUAUAUUCAAUCAAUUUUAUACUAAAGCAAACAUAACAAACAUUGUAGUGACAGUUAUUUUAUUGAUAUUUAUCUUUGUCACUUUUUAUUUCCCAUCCAGCAGAUCAAGACAACCACAGUGAUGUGCAGCAGUUUGACUCAGAGGAAAAUCAGGAAGUAGAUCUACAAAUCUGAUCUUCAAAUCUACAAAACACUUUUAGAUUUUAAAUAUAAAAUGAUCUCAAGAAACCAGGAUGAAAGACAAUCUAUGAAAUGAUGAAGAUCAGAAAUACUGUUUAUUGCUGGUUAAAGUGUAGCAAAUUCUUAGGGCAUCUUGCAACAACAGACGGUUCGCCUCUUGCUGGGGCCAUAUUAUCUUUAUAUUUAAGAUGAAUUACAGUUUUCACUUUGUUCCUUGUGAUGUCUUGUGUUAUGAUGCCACGCCCCUCACCCUCCUCUCCUGAGAACGGCUACGUGCAGGUAUCUAGUGCGUCAAUCAGUGACACCUGGGAGACGCUGGUCAGACAGGGAAGUGGAACAGUUUUUUGAUUGCAAAGGCAGACUGUGGAGAGUGAUUUUGUGUUUACCGUUUUUUUCCAUAGAAAUAAACCAAAAGGGUUUGUAAUUUCAGUUUAUAAAUCUUUAAGUUAAUUCAUGGACCCGCAGCUGCCUUUUGUUUUUUGUUGACCAGCUCAGAGGCGGCUCUCAUUCAGAGGCCGCAACAUUAAGUCAAAAAACUCCGCUACAACAACGACGCCACACAAUGAACACCGAGAGGAUCGGGACCGCUUGGUCUCUGGGGAGCCAAUAAAAAUGUGUUGUUCUUCAAGGGGCCGGCCAUCGUUGGUGGCCAUCGGCUACAGACCUCCAGUAGACUGACAUUGAUCACUGACAGGAUGAAGUCCAGCAGGGUCCUGUAGAGUCCGCAGUCUGCUCCACCAACUACCUGGCUGUGUGUGUGUGCAUAUGUGGAAGAUGCACACACACACACACACACAGAUUGUAUCCUACUGGUGUUGAAUAGUGUUGAGUUGGUCACAGUGGAUUCAACACACGCACUCGAUGUCUAUGUUGGUGCUCUGUUUUUAUAUUUCAGAUGCUAGAACCCCUAGCUGAUAUGUUAGAUAUUAUUUUUAUGUGUCCUAACAUUAUGAAAUGAUGGUGAAUAUUAUUUUAGACCAAGGUCUGGGUAAAUACUUGAUUUUGAUUACCUGCAGAAUGUCCAUUAAUCCUUGGUAAUCGACACCUUGUUGGACAUUAUCCCUUGCAUAUUUUCAAUAUUGAUUAUUGUUUGUUUCUGAUAUUUAUUUUCUAAAUAAAUACACACAAAUAUGGACACUGUACUAAAACUGUUGAUGUGACUAGAAAAAGCCAUGUGUAUUUAAAUUCUAAUUUAAAUGUUUGGGUUAGGGUAACAAUUUAUAUCAAAACCUAAAAUCAGCAUUGAAACCUCAACAAAUAAUAAUAAUGAUAGGAAAGAGCGUGAACUAUUUUUUUCUCAGUAAACAUGGGCAUUCAUUGAUAAAUCUUUUGAAAAUAAAAUUGACGUUAAUGGUUCCUACUCUUUUGGUUCCUAAACAUUGGAAGUCCACAAAUCUCCCUGAAGUCAACGAACUCCGAAGGAGUCCCAGGAAAUAGGACUCACAGGCUUGUGUUGAAUUUAGAGACACAGUAUAAUUCCUGAAGCUUUUGCAUCUGAUUUUGAAGCAAGUGAAUGAAAAAUAUGCUGAAUUAUAUUUACAUUUCCAUGAAUGAAAGUUAGAAGUUCAAUGAAAACGUCAAACAAAAUUACUGUUGCAAGCUUUUUCUUUUUCUUGUCAGGUCAAGACAAGAUGUGAUGGAGUGCCAGUAAAGUUUAAAUGAAUAUGAAUGUGUGCGUGUGUGUGUGUGUGUGUGAUUGUGAGGGAGGGAGUGUCAUCUUACAACAGUGUUUGUAUCUGACAAGAACUCUGAGCAGAAGCAGAAAGUCCAGUACAUUUACAUAAGAAAAGAAAAAGAAGGAAGUAGAAGAAGAAACUGAAGGAUAACACAGUAGAAAAAGAAACAAAGAAAGAAGACGGUGGAUUUGGAAGAGUUGUAUAAAUGGAAGAUGUGUGCAGUAUUAGUGGUUUGGAUCCUCUGUGGGACUGGAACCUGACCUGGUACACCUCCCGGCCAGACCUGACCCAGUGUUUCCAGCACACUGUUCUGGUGUGGUUCCCAUGUGUUUACCUGUGGGCUUGUUCUCCUCUUUACCUGCUGUACCUACAGCUACGUUCAAAACGCGGUGUCAUCCCACUAUCAAAGCUCUGCUGCAGCAAGACGCUGCUGGGUCUCAGUCUGGCUUCAUUUAGUCUUCUGGAGAUAUUUUACUUCCUGGUGAAGAAUGAAGAGAUCCAGAGCCACGUAUUGAUCCUGAUGGGUCCACUGAUCCGGAGCCUCACUCUGGUUCUUGCUGUUGUUAUAAUGCAGGUAGAGAGGAUGAAGGGCAGUCGUUCAUCCUUCCUCCUCUUCUUGUUCUGGGCUCUUCUGGUUCUUUGCUCCCUUGUUCCUCUGAAGGGUGACAUUGAGCAGAUUAUUGAUCAGGGUUUUUCUUCAGAUGCUGUUCGGUUUGUGGUUUUCUUCAUCUGUUUUUCCCUCCAACUCAUUGAGCUCAUCCUCAGCUGCUUUUCUGAUGGCAGACCACUCUCUGAAAAACACACCUAUGUUCAGAACCAGUGUCCAGAAGAAGAUGCUUCAUUUCUCUCCAAGUUUUUUUUCUUCUGGUUCAGCAGUUUGGUGGUUCGAGGUUACCGGUGCCCCCUACAGGCUGCACACCUGUGGCCUCUGCGGGACCAGGACUCAUCAAACCGGAUCAUGAUGGAUUUGGAGAAGUUCUGGAACAGCAAACAGCUAUGGAAGGAGGCUGCUGUUUCUGGACUUGCCUCAUCCUGGUCUGGUGAUUCUGCCAUGCCAACAGAAAAAACACAGUUGCUUAGGAAGAACAGGAAGAGGCAGGGCUAUGACCUAUUCCUCCUGUGUUCUCUAGGGCGAAGCUUUGGGCUUUACUUCCUGCGUGGGACACUGUGUCUCCUCCUGCACGAUACCUUCAUGUUUGCAGUGCCGCAGGUACUCAGCUUGCUGCUGGGCUUCAUGCGGGACAAAAAUGCUGAGAUGUGGAAAGGUUUCCUGUUUGCUUCACUGCUUUUCUUGCUGUCCUGCCUGCAGUCUCUCCUCUAUCAUCACUACAUGUUUCAUUGUUUCUCUGUGGGAAUGAGACUGAAGACUGCCGUCAUGGGCCUCGUCUACAGGAAGUGUCUGCUGAUCAGUAGUGCAGCUCGACGACGGUGUACUUUGGGAGAAACCAUUAAUCUGGUUUCAGCUGACACUCAGAAGCUGAUGGACUUUGUGGUUUAUUUCAACAGUAUUUGGGUCACUCCCAUCGAAAUCGCACUCUGCUUCUACUUCCUGUGGCAGCUCCUUGGUCUGUCUGCUCUUGCUGGUAUCAUUGCUGUUGUUUUAAUCUUCCCCCUGAAUGGAUUCAUUGCUAAACUGAGAAGCAAACUACAGGAGAUUCAGAUGAAGUUCAUGGACAAUCGAAUAAAAUUGAUGAAUGAGAUCCUGAGUGGUAUGAAGAUCCUCAAAUUUUAUGCCUGGGAGGAAGCUUUUCUGCAACGUGUUGCUAUCUUGAGAGAUGGUGAACUCAACGCCCUGAAGAAAUCUCAGAUUCUCUACUCCAUCUCUCUGGCUUCCUUCAACUCCUCCUCCUUCCUGAUUGCCCUCUCAGUGUUUGGCGUUUACGUGUUGAUUGAUGAGCAAAACAAUCUGGAUGCUCAGAAAAUCUUUGUUUCUGUCGCUCUUAUCAACAUCCUGAAAUCUCCUCUGAGUCAGCUUCCCUUCGCCAUGAGCACCACAAUGCAGGCCGUCAUCUCACUCAGACGUCUGGGAGAGUUCCUGUACCAAGAUGAACUGAAGCCUGAUAACAUCGAGAGACUCCCCCAUUGCACAAAUGGAGAUGCUGUAGUAAUUGAGGGUGGGUGUUUCUCCUGGGCCAACAGUGGGCCGUCAUGUCUGCAGAGGAUCAAUAUGAAGGUACAGACAGGCUCCCUGGUGGCUGUGGUUGGCCAUGUUGGCUCAGGGAAGUCAUCUCUCUUGUCGGCCAUGUUGGGAGAGAUGGAGAGGAGGAGUGGCUUCAUCUCCAUCAAGGGUUCAGUGGCCUAUGUACCUCAGCAGGCCUGGAUUCAGAACAUGUCUCUGAAAGACAACAUUUUGUUUGGUGGGGAGAGGAAAGAGAGCUGGUACCAUCGUGUCGUGGAGGCCUGUGCUCUGCUGCCGGACCUGGACAUCCUGCCUGCUGGAGACAGAACUGAGAUUGGGGAGAAGGGUCUGAACCUGUCUGGGGGUCAGAAGCAGAGGGUCAGCCUGGCUCGUGCUGUCUACAGGAGGUCAGAUGUUUACCUGCUGGAUGAUCCACUGUCAGCUGUUGAUGCUCAUGUGGGACAACACAUCUUUGAUGGAGUCAUUGGACCCAGAGGACUCCUCAAAGACAAAACCCGUGUGCUGGUAACUCACGGGCUCAGCUUCCUGUCCAAAUCAGACCUGGUUGUGGUGAUGGAGGAUGGUCAGAUCUCUGAGAUGGGUUCCUACAUGGAGUUAAUGGACAGGCAGGGAGCCUUUGCCAAAUUCAUCCACACCUUCAAUAGAAACCAGAACAAAGAGGACUACAUUCCCAGAGACAAGAGCAGCAGGAGGUCGUUGUCUCGCCUUAGUAUGACUGAUUUCUCCAUUGAUCUGUCUCAGGAGCAGCUGAUCAGCUGCGACAUGAGCAAUUCCAGUGUUCAGAUGAUGGAGGCUGUUGCUCAGGACUUGGACACUGAGGACGCUGGGAAAUUUACAGAGGCAGACAAAGCUCAUACAGGGAGGGUGAAGCUGAGGAUGUAUAGCGAAUACUUCAGGACCAUUGGCGUGACCUUCAUCAUGACCAUCAUCUUCCUCUGUGCCUUCCAGCAGGCAGCCUCGUUGGCUUACAACUAUUGGCUGAGCCUCUGGGCUGAUGAGCCACGUGUCAAUGGCACACAAAUCAAACACGAGCUGAAACUAAGUGUCUUUGGAGCUCUUGGCUUUACUCAGGGAAUAUCCAUGUUUGGGACGACACUUGCCAUUGCUUUGAGUGGUAUCGUAGCAUCGCGUCACCUUCAUGCUGAUCUUCUCCAUAGUGUCCUGCACUCACCCAUGUCCUUUUUUGAAGUGACGCCCAGCGGAAACCUCCUGAAUCGCUUCUCUAAAGAGAUUGAUGCCAUUGACUGCAUGAUUCCUGAUGGGCUGAAGAUGAUGCUUGGGUACUUGUUCAAGCUGCUGGAGGUGUGCAUCAUUUUGUUGUUGGCUACACCCCUCACAGGGCUUGUUCUCCUUCCCCUUAUCUGUGUGUACAUCUUAAUACAGAGUUUCUAUGUAGCGUCAUCCUGUCAGCUGCGGCGACUGGAGGCAGUCAGUCGCUCACCAAUCUACAGUCACUUCAAUGAGACGGUACAGGGGGCCAGUGUCAUCAGAGCCUUCAGCGAACAACGGCGCUUUGUCCUGCAGGCUGAUAGCCGCAUUGACAACAACCAGAAAGCGUAUUUCCCUCGCUUUGUUGCCACCAGGUGGCUGGCGGUGAAUCUGGAGUUUUUGGGGAAUCUGCUGGUUUUGGCUGCAGCCAUCCUGUCAGUCCGAGGUCGGAAUGAACUCAGCCCAGGCAUUGUGGGACUGGCAGUGUCCCAUUCUCUCCAGGUGACAGGGAUCCUUAGCUGGAUUGUUCGAUCCUGGACUGAUGUUGAGAACAACAUUGUAUCAGUGGAGAGGGUCAAAGAAUAUGACAACACACCCAAAGAGGCAGCGUGGACCCUUCAGGGCAGUUCAGUGCCAGCAGCCUGGCCAACCACAGGAAACGUUGAGUUUGAAGACUUUGGACUCCAAUACCGUAAAGGUUUGGACUGGGCCUUAUACAACAUCUCUAUGAAUAUCCAGGACAGAGAAAAGGUGGGGAUUGUUGGAAGGACGGGUGCUGGGAAGUCAUCUCUGGCUUUAGGAAUUUUCCGGAUUUUGGAGGCAGCAAAAGGACGAAUAUGUAUUGAUGGAAUCGACAUUGCUCAUAUAGGCCUUCAUGAUCUUCGUUCCAGAAUCACUAUCAUUCCACAGGACCCGGUGCUGUUUUCCGGUACUCUGAGGAUGAACUUGGACCCCUCUGAUACCUGUUCAGAUGAGGAUUUGUGGAAAGCUCUGGAACUGGCUCACCUCAGCAACUUUGUAUCUGCGUUGCCACAAAAACUGAGCCAUUACUGCAGUGAAGGAGGAGAGAACCUCAGUCUUGGUCAGAGGCAGCUGCUGUGUUUGGCCAGAGCUCUCUUGAGGAAGACGAGGAUACUAGUUUUGGAUGAAGCCACAGCAGCUGUGGACCUGAAGACAGACCAGCUGAUCCAGUCCACCAUUCGUACUCAGUUUAAUGACUGCACAGUCUUAACCAUUGCUCACCGCCUCAACACCAUCAUGGACUAUACAAGGGUUGUAGUGAUGGAUAAAGGGUCCAUUGCAGAGAUGGAUUCUCCUUCUCAGCUCAUCCAUCUGCGCGGUCUUUUCUAUCAGAUGUGUCUUGAGGCUGGAUUGGUCUGACAUAUUGUUAGAAGAAGUUUUGACAUUGGACAG